AGCAAAUGAUUGACUGGAUCCGAACGAACCAUCGCUGCUGGCGUUGUGGACGAGGACACCAGGCAGCUCAGUGUACCCUCAAGAAGCCUUGUAGCAUAUGUAAUGGGAAACACUUGCAAAUCUUGCACGAAGUCAACACAAAGAGUACAGGAGAGGGUUCCUGCCUGGUUAGCUCAACCGCUGAGACAUUGUACUUGGAUAGACCCACUGACAACAGACGUGUUCUCCUAAAGGUCAUAAAUGUUCUGCUGCGCUAUGGAGGCAAGACACUUAACACUUACGCUGUCAUGGAUGAUGGGUCUGAGCGCACUAUUCUCCUUCCUGAUGCUGCUCGUGAGCUGGACAUACAAGGCCAGGCUGAAAGCAUAGCAUUGCGGACCAUCCGACAAGAGGUGAAAACCAUCAGUGGUACUUCAGUUAACUUCCACAUAUCACCUGCCACUCAACCACAGAAGACCUUCAAGAUUAAUGCAGCAUUUACUGCAAAAACCCUUGGUCUGGCUGAUCACUCGUAUCCUGUGAGUUUGCUGGAGAAAUAUAAGUACCUUAAAGACAUCCCUCUGCAGACCUUUGAAAGAGUGAGUCCUUUACUUCUAAUCGGGGCUGAUAAUACUCACCUUAUCACACCGAUCGCACCUGUCCGAAUUGGUACACCUGAUGGUCCAGCAGCUAUAAAGACGAGGCUUGGAUGGACACUCCAGGGACCUGCCAAGAUUCUGGAGAACCAGUUACAACCACAACAGUGCCUUUUCCUGUCUCUGACCCCUGCCGAACUCCAACUCAGAAGAGAUGUUGAAAGAUUAUGGCAGCUUGAUGUUUUACCUUUCCGCUGUGAAAAGCAGGUGACAAGGUCCAGAGAGGACCAAGAAGCCAUAAAUCUUCUAGAGACCAAGACAACACGUGUGGAGGUGAAUGGAAUCCUACGUUAUGCAACACCUUUAUUGCGCAGAAAGGAUUCACCCUCCUUUUGUGCCCCCAAAGAGGCUGUGGUGCCAAGUCUCCGGAGUAUGGAACGCCGACUAGCUCAAAAUCCAGUGAAAGCAGCUGUGUACAAUGCUGAGGUCGAGAAGUUAGUACAGAAUGGCGCAGUUACCAAACUCACAUCUGCUGAAAACAGUAUGACGGGGGAGACCUGGUAUAUCCCACACCAUCUGGUAAACCACAAUGACAAGGAUCGUAUUGUGUUCAAUUGCUCUUUCCGAUACAAGGGACUGAACCUUAAUGAUACUUUGAUGCCUGGUCCAACCUUAAGCCCCUCACUCCUGGGUGUUUUACUGCGUUUCAGGGAGCACUGUGUAGCCAUUAGUGGCGAUAUACGUGGAAUGUUCCACCAAGUCCUACUCCUACCUGAGGAUAAGCCCCUCCUGCGCUUUCUGUGGCGUGACAUGACGAGAGACAACCCACCUGACGUUUAUGAAUGGCAAGUACUGCCAUUUGGAACUACGUGCAGUCCCUGCUGUGCAUCCUUUGCCCUUCAAAGACAUGUUUCAUCGCACAGCACACCAGAUGAAGAUGUGAGGCAUUCUGUUGACCACUGUUUCUAUGUGGAUAACUGUCUGCAGAGCUUUCCAUCUGUUCAAGAAGCACGGCAGUUACUGGACAAACUUCGGGAGCUGUUAGCAUCUGGAGGAUUUGACAUCCGUCAGUGGGCCAGCAAUGUGCAAGAGGUUAUCAGUCAUUUGCCAUCAGAAGCCAGAUCAUCCAAGCUAGAGCUGUGGCUCUCACAUGACAAAUCUGACCCACAUGAAUCCACCUUGGGACUGAAUUGGAACUGUGAGUUAGACCAUCUGUGUUACAAGCACAGACCUGUCACUUACAAUGCUUUGACGAUGCGGAACAUAUAUCGUGUGUUAGCAAGUCAAUAUGACCCCCUUGGUGCCAUUCUUCCUUUCACAACACGGGCUAAGGUCAUUGUUCAACAGCUCUGGGCUAAGAAUAGGAACUGGGACGAUUCACAACUUCCUGAGGAGCUUCAGAAGGCAUGGAAAGUGUGGGAAGCUGAACUUCAAUACCUGCCUCAAGUAACACUACCAAGAAGCUAUACGCCAGCCAGCAUGGAUAACCCUGAAGUCAAUCGGGAAAUCCAUAUCUUCACUGAUGCUUCUGAGAAAGCUUACGGAGCAGUAGCGUAUCUUCGCUCAGAGGAUCCAUGUGGAAGUAUUCAUCUUUCCUUCCUUCUGGCCCGAUCACGUGUAGCUCCACGUAAGCAGUGUUCAAUUCCCAGGCUUGAAUUGUGUGCCGCUCUUAUAGGAGCUCAGCUGGCUAAGCUGACUGAAAAUGAGCUCACCUUGAAGAUUCAGAAGGUCACUUUCUGGACAGAUUCAACAACCGUCCUCCAUUGGUUACAUUCCGAAUCCUGCCGCUUCAAGGUGUUUGUGGGCACUAGGGUGGCAGAGAUUCAAGAACUAACUGACCUUAAAGCAUGGCAUUACGUUGACUCUGCCAGAAACCCUGCGGAUGACCUUACCCGUGGUAAGAGCCUGAAAGAACUUACUGAGCGUAAUCGGUGGACCCAUGGACCUGAAUUCCUCCUCCAACCUCAGAGUAAUUGGCCAUCACCACCGAUAACCCACAGUAUAAGACCUGAGGACACCACAGAAUUAAAGCACAGUGUAUUCUGUGGCAUUAAUAACUCAGCACCAACAACAGCAGAUGGUAGUAAGUUUAGCAGCUGGAAGGACUUAGUCAAAACAGUAGCAGAAGAGCUGCACGGGGCGGCAAAUCCAAAUGGUUCUCCUUCAGCGAAUACUUACCAAACAGCAGAGCUGACAGCAAUAAGAAGGGCCCAAAUGGACAGCUUUCCAGAGGACUAUCAGCUAUUAAAGGCCGGUAAGCCUGUCCCUACCAACAGCCGUCUACUUUGCCUCUCCCCAGAAUUUGAUCUAGACAACAAUCUAAUACAAGUAGGAGGACGUUUAAGACGCAUAGAAGGCAUUGAUCCAAGUACAGUACACCCUAUUGUGUUGGAUUCCCAUCACCCUUACACUCAGCUACUUAUCAAAGACUAUGAUACUCGCCUUUGUCAUCCGGGACCGGAACGAGUCUUUGCUGAACUUCGCCGGAAGGUGUGGAUCUUAAAGGGCAGAGAAGCUGUAAGGAAACACCAAAGAACCUGCCACGAAUGCUGCAAAUGGAGGUCAAAGCCUGCCUCCCAGAAAAUGGCUGAUCUCCCUCCACCAAGGCUCCGUUUGUUCAAGCCUGCCUUCCAUUCAACUGGAAUGGACUGUUUUGGACCUUUCUCUGUCAAGGUGGGACGUCGGACAGAAAAACGAUGGGGGCUUCUAUUUAAGUGUAUGACCACUCGGGCUGUGCACCUCGAGGUUCUAACAUCAAUGGACACUGAUGCCUUUCUCAUGGCACUGCGACGGUUCAUUGGACGUCGUGGGAAACCAGCAGAGUUGUACUCAGAUCAGGGCACCAACUUCCGAGGGGGUAACACAGAGCUUAAAGAAGGCUUCAGUCAGCUCAGUGAUGGUUUACAGCAGCAGUUGGCACAGCAGCAGAUCAGCUUCCAUUUCAACCCUCCAUCUGCUCCACACUUCGGAGGAGUGUGGGAACGAGAGAUUCGUUCGGUUAAAGCUGCACUUUAUACAACUCUGGGAUCAGAAAUGGUGUCUGAAGAAGUACUUCGAACUGUCCUCAUUGAAAUAGAGGCCAUUCUGAACUCCAAACCACUUGGGUAUGUUUCAGCAGACAUCGCGGAUGUAGAUCCAGUCACCCCAAACUACCUUCUGAUGGGGCGGCCAGAUAGUUCCCUCCCCCAAGUCACAUAUCCAGUGUCUGAGCUCCUGGGAAGACGGAGAUGGAGACAUUCCCAAGUAUUGUCUGAUAGGUUCUGGACAGCAUUUAUAAAGUACUAUUUGCCUGAACUGCAAGCCAGAAGAAAGUGGCAUAAUUCAGCAACAGACAUCCAACCUGGAAUGGUGGUUAUGGUUGUUGACCCUCAGUUACCCCGUUCAUUCUGGCAGAUCGGAAAAAUAGUAAAGGUCUUUCCCGGAGCUGAUGGUCGAGUGCGUACGGCUGAGGUACAGAUAAAGGACAGAGUCUAUGCAAGACCCAUUGCUCGCUUAAUUGUUCUGCCAGAGAUUCGAGAUGAAGAGGAUGAUAACCACACUGGAAAUUAAUGGUAGUUCAUGUGGUGUCAGCCUUUCAAUGGUGCAAAUUUGAAACCAAAUUUGGGGGCGGCUGUGUUAGAAAGGCUGCGUUCUGUGCGCAUGCGCACUUUUCCAUUAGUGGUCGUCAGGGAGAUUUAUUCAGCAGCAGAUGCGAGCGGGACUGUAUGUGUGCAAAGUGUGCGUGAAUACGCAAAAACCACACAUAAACACACAUAAAACUCCUUACUUGUGACCUGUAAUUCUGUGCACUGCUGUGUUGUGGAAUACUGAAAAUGACAAAUUAAACCCUAUUGCAUGAAACUAAA